CGGUCACCGCGACGAUCCUUACAGUAACCGUAGUAACCGGAACCAUCACAGCAACCCGAGCCAGACCUCCAAGGGGGAAGGGGGCGAGGAGAAGAGGGAGCCCCUGAGACAUUACCACCACAUCGGGAGAGAGGAGCUGGACUAUCAGGCACCCCCUCCAGGGAACCUCCAGAAUGGUGGGCUGAAUGAGCCGCUGCCUUACCCCCAAGGAGAAGCACCUCAACCCAGCCUCGGCCCCAGCCUGCUCCUGCCCCUGCCCACACCACAAACAGGUGGUGUAUAACAUUCAGUACAUCGCCAACUGUUUCCGGGAGCAACGGGCCACGUGUGCGAAAGGGGCGGAGUGGAAGAAGGUUGCCAAGGUGAUGGACCGGUUCUUCAUGUGGAUCUUCUUCAUCAUGGUCUUCCUCAUGAGUAUCCUCAUCAUCGGCAAGGCGACUUGACGGAGGGAGGGAGGAGAGAGAUGGAUGGAU